GAAGUAAGGGACAAAAAAGGGAUUCUCACCGUUUUAUUUUACAGCUCGUAAAUACACAAAAUCAGAUGAAAAUACAAAGAUAUUUGCAGGCAGACACUGGUUAGUACCCCUAAAGCCAAGGCAUCGACGCUUGCAUGUUUAACAGAUAAGAAGCCACAAUUCACGGGUUAACGACUCGAUCAUGAGUGAACACAGAGACUUCAAAAGUUUCAGUUUUUAUCCAUUGGGUUGCAACAAAAGUUGAAAGCUUUUUAAUGUGAAAACACAAAAUCAAUGGAAACUCUCUUCUGCUUCUUCAUCUUCUUCAUCUUCCGUGUGUUAACAGAAGUCCCCACAAUUGUCUGUCUCCGCUGCCAGACAAAACUGCCACAGCCAAUAAUGUUUCUCUGAGGGACCUUUCUUCUGUCAGAGACUCUUUCUCCCUCUCUCCUCUUUCCUCUUCUUGCUCUGCUCAGCCCUCCCACCAACUCAUCUUCAGUCCUCAAACAAACAUCUGGCUUCAUCUCUUUACCACUUGUGUUUUCUUUCCUUUCUCUUUCAUAUCUCAUUUUCAAUUUCCCAAUUUCUCUUCAACAUCAUCACAACAGUUUAAGACCCCUCUUCUUUAUAAAGCUAAAAGCUUUAGCUUCAGAGACUUUCAUAACAAGACGUGAAUACAUAAGUUUCCUGUUUUUAGUUCAUUAAACCUCUCACAUUUAUUUCUUCCCAUCAUUGUCCUAGAGGAGAGAAAGAAAAAGAGCUCAGCUUUUCAAAUGGAGAGGAGUGUUCAAGGACAAAACAAGCUCUGUUCUUUGGAUCAAAAAGUGAAUGUGAGAAGAAGCCUACAAGUUCAAGGAUCUGUAGAGAAUCAUCAAAGCUUUGCCUUUGAGGAAGAACAGUCGUCAACUGCAAGCUUGCUGCAAGAUACAACGAUUCCAUUUCUACAAAUGCUGCAACAAAGUGAAGAACCUUCUUCGUUUUUGUCCAUCAAAGAACCAAACUUUCUAGCACUACUAUCUCUCCAGACACUUGGAAAGCCUAAUUGGGAACUCGAAAAUUAUCUCCCACAUGAAGUUCCAGAGUUUCAUUCACCGAUCAAUUCUGAAACCAACCACUACUAUCAGAAUACAUAUCUGGAAGGAGUCAGUGAAGCCAUCUCAGGCCAAGAACUUCCGUUCAACCCGCUUCAAAAUGCUAAUUCAAGACGCAAACGGAAGAACAACAACCUGGUGACAUUGAUGAACAAAGAAAAGAGAAAGAGAAGGAGAACAAAACCAGCAAAGAACAUAGAAGAGAUGGAGAGUCAAAGAAUGACACACAUUGCGGUCGAACGAAACCGCAGACGCCAAAUGAACGUUCAUCUCAACUCACUCCGCUCCAUCAUUCCAUCCUCCUACAUCCAAAGGGGAGAUCAAGCGUCAAUAGUAGGAGGAGCAAUAGACUUCGUGAAGAUCCUGGAGCAACGCUUACAAUCCCUUGAAGCACAAAAGACAACUCAACAGAGUAGUGAUAGCAAAGAGCAAAUUCCAGAAGAUAACAAUCUCAGGGACAUUUCGUCGAACAAGUUGCGUGGGAGUAAAGAAGAAGAAGAGAGUAGCAGGCUCAAAAUCGACGCCACAGUGAUAGAGAGCCACGUCAAUCUCAAAAUCCAAUGCACGAGGAAACAAGGACAACUUCUAAGAUCAAUCAUUAUGCUCGAGAAAUUUGGAUUCACUGUUCUUCACCUCAACAUCACAUCUCCAACCAAUACAUCUGUCUCUUAUUCCUUCAACCUCAAGGUACUUACUUUUAUAAAACACACACAAAACCCAUUUAACAAAAUCAUCGACAUUGGUGAAAAGAUUAAAACUUUUUUGUUUUUUUGCAAAAUUGUCAGAUGGAAGAUGACUGCAAACUGGGAUCGGCCGAUGAGAUAACGGCGGCGAUACGUCAGAUAUUCGAGUGAUGGAUUAAUUGAAUUAAAAAAAACACUGAAACGUCCAAAAAGAAGGAAAGAAAAAGUAACGUCCUUUGGUAACUUCGUUUUCAAGAGUGGCGAAAAUUAAAUUCUAAAAUUUGGUCGUAUGUAAUUGGAGUCUUCUCGGCAUGGAACUUGACUUCGUUUUUUCUAGGCUACUCCUACACAACUUGGGGUCCUACUUGAUAUUAUAUGUUUAUGCAUAUGUAUUUCAAGUUUGACCUCUCUGUCUCUCUUGUAUUCAUGAAUCUUCAUCAUUGUCUUUCUUGUUUUGCCUCUCUCUUGGGGUUUUGACU